CAUCUCCCUGCGCUCGGAAGUUGGGAGAAGGCGGCGUGGCGCGCGUGGGUACGGCUUCUCAGCUGCGAGGAACUGAAGUUCAAGCUUGGAUCUUUAAAAAGCAUCAAGAUGUCGUCGAAGAAGGAGGUUAUUAACGACCAGCGGUUCACCCGUGUUAACAAAGACCCGCGUUUUUGGGAAAUGCCGGAAAAAGACCGCAAGGUCAAAAUCGACAAAAGGUUUCAAGCCAUGUUUCAUGACAAGAAAUUCAAGCUGAAAUAUACUGUGGACAAGCGAGGGCGACCCAUUCAUCGCAGCUCCACAGAAGAUAUGAAACGCUUUUACGCCCUUUCUGAUUCAGAUUCGGAUCUCUCGGAGGACGAGAAGAAAACGAAGGGAAAAAAGGCAAAACCUAAAGGAGAAGGUGACUUUGGGGAGUCCAGCGAUAAGAACCCGCAAGAGGAAAACAAAGUGAUAAAUGACGUGUCAGUUUCAGAAUCCGUUUCCGCAAAAAAAGGUCAGAAAAGGACAUUCCUCAAGCCCCAAAAGAAUCGGAAAGAAACAAAUGCCGCUAAAUUGCCGCAGGAUAAAAAGGAACUUGUACCAAAAAAGCAAAGAGGAAUUUCUGCAGAGAACACAGGAUUACCUCAGAGAACUUCGCAGAAGUUUGUAAAAGACUCUACUGGAGCAACAGAAGAUCGCAGCGGUGAAAGAUAUUUAGAACCUCAGAGAAUUGCAUUAGCAAAGGACGGUGAUGUCUCUGCCGCUCACGUCAACAAAAACGAUGCGGAAAGUAAAACAUGUAAAAAGGCACAGAGCUCUGAACGUGAAGAAUUAAUUGCUGGAGCACGAGCUGACACGGAAAGCGAAUCGGAAGACAGCGGAGAUCUGGAAGAGGAAAGCAGUUCGGGAGAUGAAGGAGAAACGGCAGAAGAGAGCGAUUCAGAAAGCGAAGGGGAAACGGGAGAUGAAAUUGGAACAGAUGGUGACGAAGAUGACAGCGGACCAGAUUUGGCCAGGGGGAAGGGCAACGUAGAAACGAGCUCUGAAGAUGAGGAUGAGGAGGAUUUGACUGAGAUAAUUCCAAAGGAGGCUGAAAUUGUGCAUGACUGGGGAGAGCUGGCUAGAGAUGCCCCUCGGGCGGAUCAGAUCACAUCCAGAUUGGCAGUUUGCAGCAUGGACUGGGACCGGCUGAAGGCUAAGGACCUCUUGGCUUUAUUUAACUCUUUCACACCAAAGGGGGGUGUUAUCUUUUCCGUCAAGAUUUACCCGUCUGAAUUUGGGAAAGAGAGGAUGAAAGAAGAGGAGGCAAAUGGGCCGACGGAACUGCUGAGCCUUCCUGAAGAUGUCACGGAGAAAGACAGCAUUUUCAAGGAGAAACUAAGAGACUACCAGUUCAAGCGGCUGAAAUAUUUCUACGCUGUUGUGGAAUGCGACUCUCCAGACACGGCCAAUAAGAUUUACGAAGAAUGCGAUGGGCUGGAAUUUGAAAGCAGCUGUUCUUUUGUGGACCUGAGAUUUAUUCCAGAUGAUGUGACAUUUGACGACGAGCCAAAGGAUAUGGCGUCAGAAGUGGACGGAGCACCGUAUAAACCGAAGUUCUUCACAUCUGCUGCUGUAGCGACAUCAAAGAUAGACAUCACAUGGGAUGAGACAGAUCAUGAACGGGUGGCGUCCCUAAGCAGAAAUUUCAAGAAAGAUGAACUUCUGGACAUGGACUUCCAAGCUUACUUGGCUUCAUCAAGUGAGGAAGAGGAGGAAGAACAGCCAGAGGAUGGUGGAAUACUCACAGCGGAUCUUGACGGGCACGUGUCCCACCACAAGGACGAUGAAGAGCAAAUUGCAAAAUACCGAGAACUUCUGCAGAGCAUCCAGGAGAAAGAGAAGAGGCAUCGAGAAACUGAUAUGGAGAUGGAGAUCAAGUGGGUUCCAGGGCUGAAGGAAACCGCUGAGGAAAUGGUAAGGAACAAGUUGGAAGGAAAGGACAAACUGACUCCGUGGGAACAGUUUCUGGAAAAGAAGAAAGAGAAAAGGAAGACCAAGAAGAAAAAGCAGAAGGCUGCUGCUGAGGACAUCCUGACUGACGACGAAUGCCCGUCUGAUGUUGAUAUGAACGACCCGUUCUUUGCUGAGGAGAUCGCGAAGCCAGGUGUGAAUAAGAAGCUGAAGAGAGAAGAAGAUGCCCAAGAAAAAGAAGAUGUGGAAAAACGCAAGGCUGAGUUGGCUCUGCUGAUGAUGGACGAGGAGGAGGAAGCGGGCGGGAGGAGACACUUCAAUUACGACAAGAUAGUGCAGCAGCAGAACCUGAGCAAGAAGAAAAAGAAGCUGUUGAUGAAAAAGGAGGAACUGCUGACGGACGACUUCCAGGUAAAUGUUGCUGAUGCCAGAUUUCAGGCCAUGUAUACCUCCCAUUUGUUUAAUCUGGAUCCUUCCGAUCCAAACUUCAAGAAAACCAAAGCAGUGGAAAAGAUUUUGGAAGAGAAAGCUCGCCGAAGACAGCAGGGGCACGCAGAGACGGCCGAGAAGGAGACAGCUGCUAAGAAAUCCAUUGAUCCUGCGUUAUCAGCGCUGGUGAAAUCUGUGAAGAAUAAAACCGAACAGUUUCAAGCGAGGAAGAAACAGAAAGUCAAAUAAGCAAGACCACAUUUUUUACUGAAAAUAUGGAUUAAAGGCAGCUGUAAUUCGCUAAAGGAAUCCAAGCAAAGAUUGGUUUCAGGGCGAACACGAUCUCAGCCAGAAGGAUUUUAUUUUUCCAUCUUUUUUGCUAAUCCAAGAUAAAAAAAAUCCAGUUGCCAAAUGAAUCUUGGUUAGGUUCACACUAAAAACAAUGUCGGAUUUUCUUGCAACAAACUCCUGCAGUUUGAUGUUAUCGACAUUAUUGUUUUUAUAUUAUGACUGGGGGUAUUGACCCUCAAGGGUGGGCUUCAGAUAAAUUGUUUU